GGAGAGACGUCCGUAAACACAAUUCUUGAAGUAGAUUUACGUUUGCAGCGUGGAAUUGCGUCUAAUGUGGAUGUUGGCUGAACGCAGUGGUAAAUGACUAACUCACGUAAUUAAGACACGCCGUGCUCUCGUACAGUUCGUUGCAUGUUGUUACUGAAAGUAGGAUGGCGGCAGUGGUAACUGUGCCAGUGGCUUCCGUAGAAAGUGACCAGGAACGGUGUGGAGCAGAGGAGGAGGCUCGUGAAAAUGAAGCGGAGGAGGAAAACAAUCAGCAAGCUGGGCCCAUUUCAACGUCUCAGAGUCGUCUGGCAAAAUUGCCCCUGUCCCGAAUUAAAGCUCUAAUGAAGGCCGACCCGGACGUAUCUCUGGCUAGCCAGGAGUCUGUGUUUAUUAUAGCAAAAGCCACGGAGCUCUUUGUUGAAAUGAUAGCCAAGGAUGCACUUAUUUAUGCCCAACAAGGAAAAAGAAAAACGUUGCAAAGGAAGGACCUAGACAAUGCAAUUGAAGCAAUAGAUGAAUUUGCUUUCCUUGAAGGUACUUUGGACUGAAGUGCACAUAUGAUACUGGCUAACAAAACGGCCAUCAUUUCAAGGACAAGAACAACUGUGGAAAACAUCAAACUGUAUUCCCCUAAAUUUUGUGUUCCAGAAAAAAAUGUUUGAAACAUCAAAAAAAAAAAAAAAAAAAAAUUCUGAACUGAGAAAGCAUCUUUUGAAGCUAAUAUUUUUUUUCCCCCUUGAAUAGUCCAAAAACUGAAAUGCAUUUGCUGUCAGGGAACAAAGCUGAAGUUGUUUAAUCUGUGUGGUUUCAUAUUGUGUUUAUACAUGUAAAUACUGUUUUAAGAGCUGUUAUCUAACCUUAAAUAAAAUAUUGUUAUUCUUUUC